UCUUCCUGUCCCCCGCCUCUUUUUUUCCAGUUGCACCCACGCGCCUUCACUUCAUCACCCUCCCGAGAGAACCAAAACCAACCAUCACCACCACCACGUCCCGCGGCGGCUAAACCUAUAACUAACACCUCCUCAACCGUGAGCUUUCCAACAGCCUCGCUAGCGAGCGACCGAUCCACCGACCGAUCGGCAUCGGCAUGAGAGCCUUCUCGGCGGUGCCAUCCGCCGCCUCGCUGCCGCCGUCGCCGUCGUCCGCCGCCGCGCCUCCUCUGACCCCGGACGCGGCCGCCGUGCUGUCCCGCGCCGCGGGCGACGCGUCCCGGCGCCGCCACGCGCACACCACCCCGCUCCACGCCGCCGCCGCGCUCCUCUCCGGCCCUGCCCCCCUCCUCCGCGACGCCUGCGCCGCCGGCCUCGCCUCCCCGCACCCGCUCCGCUGCCGCGCGCUCGACCUCUGCUUCGCCGUCGCCCUCGACCGCCUCCCCACCUCCUCCCCUUCGGACUCCGGCUGCUUCCACGGGGGCGCGCCGCUCCCGCCGCCGCUCUCCAACGCGCUCUCCGCCGCCCUCAAACGCGCCUACGCGCACCACCGCCGCAUCGGCGGCGAGGCCGCGGCCGGGGACGACCACCGCGUCGGCGUGCCCCACCUGGUCCUCGCCAUCCUCGACGACCCUUCCGUGGCGCGCGUCAUGCGCGAGGCCUCCUUCUCCAGCACUGCCGUCAAGGCCGCCAUGCUCCGCUCCCUCUCCGACCCCGACCACUCCUCCGCCUUCUCCUCCACCACCACCUCCACCAGAUUGCAUCACCGGCAAUGGCAGGACUCCUCUUCUUCGAGCUCCAACCGGGACGAGGAGGUGGCGAAAGUCGUCCAAGUGCUCAAGCGGAGCAACAAGCGCAAUCCGGUGCUCGUGGGCGACACGGCGGACGUGGACGCCGUGGUGCAGGAAGUCGUGACCAUGAUACAGCGGCAGCGCCUCGGGAACGCGCGAGUCAUCUCGUUACCCCAGGAGCUCGGCGACCUGGACAGGUCCGAUCUGGUCGGCAAGAUCAGGGAGCUCGGCGAAGCGAUAAGGUCCUCUGAGGCAGCGCUCUCGCAGAGCAUCGUGGUGAACCUCGGCAACCUGGAAUGGCUCGUCGAGGAGAGAAGACACGUGGGUUUCGGCGACGCCGUAGACCAGGAAGAGGCGGCGAAGAGGAGGGAGGUGGUGCUCGACACGGCGCGCGCCGCGGUGGCCGAGAUGGCGCGCGUGCUGGAGCAGUGCGGCUCCGGGUCCGGAGAAGGCGUAGGCGAGCGCCGCCGCGUGUGGAUGAUCGGCACGGCCACGUGCGCCACGUAUGUUAAAUGCCAGGUGCACCACCCGGCGCUGGAGAGCCAGUGGGACAUCCAGGCCGUGCCCGUCGCGCCCAGGCCUCCGCCCACGCCGUCGCCAAGUGUCGGAGUAAACAGAGGAAUCCUGAGCAGCUCCGUGGAGGUGCUGUCGUCGGCCAUGUCGACGACCGGUGCAACGUCGACGCACAGAUCAGCGCCGGGUGGUGCAGGCAUGUGCGCCGCUUGCGUGGACGGCUACGACCGCGAGCGCGCCGAGAUGAUGCCACCCUCCGAGCACACCAUGUCGCGGUGGCUGCAGAUCGGGACGCCGGCGCCCGCCGCACGGCCGCCGUUCGACGUGGCGCGCGAGGCCGACGAGCUGCGGCGCCGGUGGCUGGACCGGUGCGCGCAGCUGCACUCUCACGCCCGGCCGGCUGCGGCGGCGGUCACCUGUUCCGAGUGGAACGGCGCUAGCAUCCUCGGAAGCAUGCAGGCUCAGGCCCAGGCGGCGCUGCCCGUAGCAAGGCCAUCGGCUGGCACGGUGGACACGGCGCUCGCGCUCGGGUCGGCGUCGGCAUCGGCAUCGGAAUCGGACGAGACGACCAAGCUUGCGAGACGGCUCGCGGAGGCGGUGACGUGGCAGCCCGAGGCCGCGGCGGCGGUGGCCAGCACCAUCGCCAAGGCCAGGCGGGCCAAGGGGGCUGCUGACACGUGGGUCCUCUUCGCGGGCCCCGACGCGGAAGGCAAGAGGCGGAUGGCCGAGGCGCUCUCCGUGUCGGUGUUCGGCGCGGCCGCGGUCACCGUGCGCCUCGCCUCCUCCUGCUCGGCCGGCGUCGACGCCAACGGCGGGGAAUCCAUCGUGUCAUCGUGGACGGCGCCGGCGCGGGACCGCGUGGCGGAGGCCGCGCGCGCCAACCCGUUCCGCGUCGUCGUGCUCGACGGCCUGGACCACGCCGACGACCUCGUGCGCGCCGCCGUCGCGCGCGCCGCCGAGUCUGGCCGGCUCGCGGACUCGCGCGGGCUCGGCGGCGGCGCCAUCUUCGUCGUCAUGUCGAGCUGGUCCUCGUCACUGGAGCCGGAUCACCUGACCAGGAGCUCUCAAGCAGCGGUGGCGCCGGAUCACUCGUCGUGGAACCUGGAGCUCCGUGUCCGGCCUUUGCAAGAGACGACCCCGAAACGCUGCAGGCCGGAGCAGCCGCUGGACAUUAACCAGUACCGGCGCGUGAAACCACGCAAGACGCCACUCCCGCUUGACCUCAACUUGUCCAUGUGCGGCGACGAAGACGACGAUCGCGUGGACGAGGGCGCCGACAGCGGCGGCGAGGGGUCACGGAACUCGUCGAGUGACCUGACGGUGGAGCACGAGCUGGAGCCCAGGCCCAGCCAGCCCGGCUUAUCCGCCUCCAUGCGUUUGUUGUCGUCACAGCCAAAUGUUGUAAUGCCCGAGCUCAUCAGAGCCGUCGUCGACGGGAUCGUCGAGUUCAAGCCGGCCAUCGACUUAGAGCUCGAACCGCUCAAACGGAGCGUCUCGGCCAAGUUCGGCGGCGGCGAAUUACUGGACAGGCUGGCCGGUGCUGCCACGUGGACCGCGGGGGCGUCCGCCACGUCGUUGGUGGCGUGGGCCGACGAGGCGCGGUGCCGGCCUAGCGUACGGCAGAUGAAGCGCAGCACCAACGACGUCGACGACGACGACGGUGCAAUGAAGACCUUGGAAGGCGUCGGCCGCGGGAGAAUGGAUGGCGCCGGCGUGUUCCCGCCGUUGACGGAAACUAAUUGACGCGCGCACGCGCGCAGAGUAAUCCGGCCGGCGAUCGGGCGCUUGUUUUAAUUUCCUUUUUUUGGUUUGGUCAUUGAUAUGAUCGAUCAUGGUCGGUGUACAUUAGUGCUUGUAAAUGUUCACGUACGAUCGGAGGUUAAUUAGGCACGGGAAUCAGCAAGUGCUGGCUAGCAGUAGUACGCAAUUUCGGAUUCACAGUUUUGGUUCUUCCAUUUCUUCAUUGAUCUAUCUUCCGUGCAUGGGAUCAGAGUAUCAGAUAUACAUA